AUGACAGAUAGGGGGGAGAUCUUCAUGGUGGUCCCUCCUGUUGAGGUUAGCCACAUAGAAAGCAAGCUCACUGGAGCCAGAGUCAUCAUCACUUUUGCUUGGAUUCAAUUGACAGCGGCAGGGACAAUCAUUUGGCCAGAGGGUGCAGAGGACCCUGCGCAAGGAAGGCCGCAUGUCGAGGCGCGGCUGAGAGAUAUUGCUUGGGACAUGUCUGACUGCGAGUACGAGCUGGCUGACGGCCUUCUGGAAAACUCUGAGAAUAGGUUAAGAACAGCGUACCAGACGCAGGAGGCGUUUGAUCAGGCGCGAGAUGAGCGAGAUCUAGACAGAACGCACGUCUUGCCGCAGCCCAAGCCUGCUCGUAGUGCUGUACAAACAACGGUGGUGGCAACCCAAUCUCAGAGCGUGCAAACCAGAGAAACAGCGUUUCCAGCUUACAGGGACGAAUGGGCUUACAACCCGUACAUGGGCUGGAAACCUGAUGACGUACUGGUCUUUCUCUACAUAUCCACUAACCCCUGUGCAUCCGCGCGCUUGCAGGGAUACGACGUCCCCCCGCAGUUGUUCCGCCGGCCCCCCCCGUGCCGCCCCUGCCUCUACCUCCACCUGCCCUUCCUGCGCCCCGGGCCCCUCUUCCCCUGCCCCCUCCCCUUCCUGUACCAGCGGCAUCAAGCGCUGGCCCGCUUUCAGUGGUCGCCACCACUUGGCCCAGCUCCCCCCCCGCAGCGCCCCCGUCACCGCAACUCGUCAUUGUACCACGUGGUACUUCCAUUGCUGGGGCUCCGGGCGCCGUUGCUGGGGCUGCGGGCGCUGCAGCUGAAGGAGUGGCUCCACCAAGAGGCGUACCACUGCCUUGGCACGUCAUUGAGGCUGCACUACGGGGCCGGUCACUCUGACCAGGUUCGGUGCCGGUGA